AUGAGGCUCUUAAAUAUUCAUAACUGGACGCUGAAAGAAUUUAUAUCUGAUAACGAAGUGCCGCCCUAUGCUAUAUUAUCGCAUACUUGGGACGAAAAUGAGGUCAAUUUCCAGCAGUGGGAGAGUAUGGCCACCUCGAGUAUCAUGGUCGCAGACAUCAACAAGAUGGAAGGUUACCAGAAAAUCAAGAAGUUCGGCCAGGAAGCAGCUAACAAUGGGUUCGACUGGGUGUGGGUCGAUACGUGCUGUAUCGAUAAAAAGAGUAGCGCUGAGCUGAGUGAGGCUAUUAACGCAAUGUUCCGGUGGUACAGGAACGCUCAAGUAUGUUAUGUUUACUUGCAAGAUGUUCUCUGGUCUACAGAUGAAAGAACUAUUGGCGAACGAUUACUCCCCUCCCGCUGGUUUACCCGAGGAUGGACGUUACAGGAACUAGUUGCCCCUCUUGAAGUUGACUUUUACUCCACUGACUGGAAAAAGAUCGGGACUAAAGACGAUCUUUGUGGCCCACUUUCGUCUAUCACUGGAAUAGAUGAACAUAUUCUCAAAGGUGGAGAUUUGGACAGUGUCAGCGUGGCAAGGAGGAUGUCUUGGGCUUCUGGCCGGAACACUUCCCGCGUAGAAGACACUGCCUACUGCUUAUUAGGUAUCUUCGAUGUUAAUAUUCCUCUUAUAUACGGGGAAGGCUGGAAAGCUUUUCAAAGGCUUCAGGUAGCUGUCAUGAACACCACACACGACCAAUCCUUGUUUGCAUGGGGUAAGCUCGUUACAUGCCCCGCUGAACUGAUCGAUAAAAGUCAGCAACUGGGCACAAAGCCCAUCCCAUGGAAGGCCCCCCAUGACAGGCAACCACUCCUGGGGCUCUUUGCUGAUUCUCCAGCCGAUUUCAAGGAAUCCGCUGACAUAUGGCCGGUGGACCAUGGGUAUGCACACCACCAUGGCCGACGAAACCCACCAGCUAUGGUUAAUAAAGGUGUCCUCAUCAACCUUGUAAUCUACAAGGAGUUUGCCUCUGUUGCAUACUGGGACGAUCCAGCCAUUACUCAACCUCACAACCUCGAGCUUGCUGUUCUGCUCUGUCGUUUCGGAAGCAAAGGAAGCAAGCUUAUCGGGCUGGUUUUAUACUCUUGGGGAGACGACUAUUACUCGCGCACGAACGAAAUUGUACCUGUGGAUUUGUUUGUGAGCCAUAUGCGUUUUAAAGCUUGGACACGUCAACGCCACCUUCUACCCUUCAGACCAUUUCAACUUUGCAAUGGUGACAUUCUGUUCCGACGCUGGAUGUCCCCAAUCAACACCAGUUGGGUAGAAAGGCCGAAUACAGCCAGCGGUCCGGCGUGGCGUCAAAGAUGCGGCGACAGGGUUCUCCGCAUUGAGAGAGAUGCCGAUGGCGACGAAGAAGAAUCUUUCAUGUUUAAGAUAAGCAAGACUAAAGGGUUUGCCGUUACUUUCAAGAGGACAACUAAAUCCUUUGACCCUAUGGGGCCACUUUUGAUUGGUGUUUCUCCUUUUACAUCUGGGGGAGCAAAUGCUAUUAUGCAUAAGGCCAAGGGCAAUAUCCUAGUCGACCGGGUAGCGAAACAUGGUAAGCCAUUCGAUACUCCAGCAUACAGCCAUAUCAUGGAGCAGCCAAUUGCAACUUGGGACAUAAUGAUUGAAGACCUCCCUAGUAUGUACGUCAAGGUUGAAAGAAUGCCGCUGGAUAGUGGAAAGGGUGGAGCGGUUGAUGUGGUAGAUUUCAUAAUUCAAGCGGAUGGGCCAUUAGCGAAAUAG